AUGACUACUGGCAGGAAUAACCGUGUGAUGAUGGAAGGAGUUGGUGCGAGAGUGAUCCGUGGACCCGAUUGGAAAUGGGGAAAACAGGAUGGUGGAGAGGGACAUGUCGGCACUGUCAGGAGUUUCGAAAGUCCGGAAGAAGUGGUUGUUGUCUGGGAUAACGGGACUGCGGCCAACUACCGGUGCUCUGGUGCAUACGACGUGAGGAUAUUUGACAGUGCUCCCACAGGUAAUGUUUCCCUACUGGUGCUGUGAUCGCUAAACAUAUCGUAUGUCCUGUUUUUGUUCAUCAUUUGUUUCAAUUAGCCUACGCAUUUGGGUGUUGAUGUGUACAAGGUUGUUUGUCAUACCGCCACGUUACACGUUAUUGCAUUGCAUCAAGUGUGCUACUUGGAGCACGUUGAGUUUGAUUGAGUUAGACGUGAGGUUAGACGUGAGGAUGACUACUUAAGAUAUCAUCAUCAAAGCAAGCUGUGUGAAUAACUUUUCCCCCUGAGUUUAGACCUAGUGUACUGUAUGCUCACUUUUAUUUUGUGUUGGUGAAGAUGGCAAGUCAAGAGGCCACAGAGCAGCAGGCAGAGGCAUCAUUGCUUCACACUUGACACCUAAAACAUUUACAUUUUAGUCAUUUAGCAGAUGCUCUUAUCCAGAGCGAUUUACAGGCGUAAAUGCUCAUCGUCGUCUCUGGGAUUUGAACAAUCGACCGUUCGGUUACUGGCCACCUUUUUUUCUCCCCGAUUUUGUGACUACGAUCUUGUCUCAUCGCUGCAACUCCCCAACGGGCUCCGAAACAUGACCCGCCAAGCCGCGCUUCUUAACACCUGCUCGCUUAACCCGGAAGCCAGCUGCACCAAUGUGUUGGCGGAAACACUUCAACUGGCAACUGAAGUCAGCCUGCAGGCGCCCAGCCCGCCACAAGGAGUUGCUAGAGAGCGAUGAGCCAAGUAAAGUUUCCUAACUGCCUUGUUACUUCUCCAUCUCAGGUAUCAAGCAUGACGGUACCAUGUGUGACACCUGCCGUCAGCAGCCUAUUAUCGGUAUCCGCUGGAAGUGUGCCGAGUGCACCAACUAUGACCUCUGUACCACCUGUUACCAUGGAGACAAGCACCACCUGCGACACCGCUUCUACAGGAUCACCACCCCUGGUAGCGAGAGGUGAGUACCGUCAGCUGCCCUGUGAAGCCAAUGAUUGCGUUCCAGGUAAUCUUCAAUGCAGUCACGUUACUCAUUGUGAGAUCUGAUUAUCUGCACAGUGUGACCGCAAUAAAGACAACCUGGAACUAUACAAAUAUGUAGGGAUGCUUUGUCAACUCAGCCCCACCUCUAUGACAAACUCUAUUGUUUAGUGAUGCGUUAAAUGAUAACAAUUCUAAUCUACAUCCUUUGGUUGGUUAUAUGGUUGGUUAUAUUGAGCGACCCACCCAUUUUCUCUCUGUUUUGCGGCUUUCUGUUUCUCCCUGGCUGUCUCUGUCUGACAUUUGAGAAGUGGUGCCUGAGCCCAGCCUUGUAGGCAGACUCAACAUGUGGCCACCGAUCAUGGCUCUCUGUUGCCAGGCGACUGCUCAGACUCUAUUUCAGAAGCAGCGAUGUUGUUGGGGCCUCAGCCAAUCCCAUGUUACUGGCCAUGCGUCUGUCUUAUCUGCUUCCAUGGAAGAUUUACAGAUAAAAGACAAAGCACAAUUGCAUAAAAUGUCAAAUCAUAACAACAGUCCUGUCAAAUCAUAACAACAAUCCUGUCAAAUCAUAACAACAAUCCUGUCUGGAGAAUGUUAUGUUCAAGGGGCCAUGAUUCCGGUCUAGAAACACGGUUUCGACUGCUCCAAUAGUUCUGCUUCGGUACCGCAGUUUAACUGAUGCCCGGCCCAGAAAUACUAUUUCCAUAGACGGCCACAUAGAGUAGUCAGAUUUGAAAAUUCCUAAUAAAACACUUUAGUCAUCAUCUUUGUGCACAAAACAUCCAUUGUAUUAUUCAAAAAAUUGUCGUGGAGGCCAAUUUGUUUUCCAUCACUCACAGCCGAAGAUAUUAACAUUUUACCUCAAUGGUUAUGAUAGGACAGGAAUGUAAAAGUCUGAAAUAAUAAAAGGAGCUGAAAAGUUCGUUUAUGAAAACAGGAAUUAGUUUAUUUCUGUGGUUUUCAAAAUUAACUGACUGAAACAUAACUGUAUGAAACAUAACGUGCAGAGAGUGCAACCAGGACAGUUAUUGCGUCAUUACAUACAGUGGAGAUAUUUUCUUGCUAUAGCAGUCCCUCCAACUGCUUCAAGCCCUUUGUUAGAUCCAAAGGGACAAACCAAACGCAUGGCGCAACCGCUGGCACCCUUUCAACGAUGUGUGACUUCAGUUCCCCUGAGACCGUUAAUGGUCCCCAUCCCCCCACAGACACUGCUCUGAACUGAAAGCAUGAUGGACUUUAUUUUGUUAUGCCGCAUUAGAUUCUUUCACUGACUGUCGGGAGUUUGUGGCUAUGAGUCUGUGGCUUCUCUCUUGACCAAUUACCAUUUCAAGUUGAACUGACAGCGUUUUAGGAACAUGAACAUUAAUAAAAAAGGGAGCACUUAGAUAUGGUCGUUUUCAUAAAUUCAUACAACGUUUGGGAGUGACAUAGUAAGGCAUUUGUAAAAAUUCUAUAGCAAUAUAGAGUGGGAAAGCAGGCGUGCGUUUGGAUAAUUAAUAGACACUGCCGUAAAUAAAACCUAAUAAAAAAGUUUGUCUUGUCCAGGAACGAGUCUACGCAGACCGGUGUGUCAUAGCCAAUCAGGGCUACAGUAGGCCUAUAUUCAAAUAAGUCAUUUGCCACACUGGCCUGCCAUCAUUCACUUUGAACUGGACUGUGUGUUUACAGGCAGUAGCAAUAGCGCGACUUCACAUCAUUAGAAUGCAUUAGCCAAAAUACACCUGAAUGGAUUUCUGCCCAUAUGUAAAUACCACAGAGUCCUCUUAUGUUUGGGAACUUCAGUCCUAUUGAUCAAACAACCAUGAAAAGGUAGGCUCUCUCUCACAAGAUCAACAACUAAUGCUAGCCAGAGCGAGAUGAGCUAAAAUCUAACAAGGGAACGUUUGUUAAACCCUCUCAAACCUUUUCAGCUAGUUGGCCGUCAAAGUUGCACUGAUAAACGAUGGGGAAUAGUAGCCUGCUCAUCCUUCUGCCGCUUGAUUGCCAAUGCAUGCUUGUCCAAACCCACAUUUUGACAACUGAAUGGGAACUUCCCUGCCCGCCCAUUUGAUCGAUGCCAAAUACAUUUGAUUGACAACUAAGAGAUGCUAACUGUUGAUAAGUCGUUCAAGUUCAGCAUAGCUAGCUAGCAAAGUGAUUCACAUUUCUUGCUAGCUAACCAAAUGACACCUGCAUCUCUAGCUGUAGCCACCGAAAAACGAUAUGAGGAGAAAAAGUUGGUCACUCAACCACUCCUCCAAUUACAUGACAUCCUCCCAGCAGCUAGCUAGCUAACGUUAGGCUCCGUGUUUUUGCGUUGCUAAAUAAAUAGCAAGCUACAUAAAUACGAUCAGUGUUAUCAAACUCAAUCAGCGCACGGGCCAUAUUGAAAAAACACAACAUUCGCAGGCCAGAGAUAGCCUAUUUGGUUUUAAAAAAAACGUGCUACUUUAUAAUGUCCACUUAUGUACAUAGGAUGCUGUAUAUAGCAUUUUAACAUAUUAAAACAAAAGGGAUACAUCAUAUUUGUCCAGCCUUUGCUGCAAUGCUUGCAGAUGUGCAUAAUAUGCAGCGACCAUAAUCAAAAGUAUUUAAUAACUCCAAAGAACAAAAACGUAGCUAUAGGUUGUUGUAACAUUUAACCUUAAAACAUGUUUUUCAUUUUUUUGCACUGCAUGGAUCACUGGUGCGGUUGAGUGCAGCAUUGCUGUAUGGUGCACUCAAAAUGUCUUGUAGUUGAGUAGCCGGCUACUGCUCAAAUGUUGCUGUAAUAGGCCUACAUGUUUCUCCUUUGCAUGGUGUUGAAGGUUCUGUUUUUUGGUUAUUCAUUGUCAAGCUUUAAAAACCGAAGCCAGACUGUCACAUUUUAGUAGCCUAGCUAGGACUGUGGCAUGUGUCUGUACACUUUCCCUCCGCUGCACGCUGUAAACGGGACACACGAAAGCAGCGCAAUUGAAGUUGAAUUCACUGAUGCAUCAGGCUGUAAUUUCAUAAAGUAGAUGACUCAACUGUUGACUCAUUUAUACUUGCUUGUGUGUCCUAUUCGACCCGCAGGCCUUGUUUGACACGUGCGCUAGCCUAUUUGCCACUUUAUGACUGACUUGUCAUCAUUGCCCUUCCUAGUUUGAUUGUAUUGACAUUCCCAGCCUUAGUUACAGUUGUCUGUUUUUUUUUGGUCCAAAUAUUGAGUAUUUGAAACUGAAACGGUGCAUCCCGAAUGGGUGGAGGCAGCAAACAAUGUACCAGGCCAGCUGUGAUUUACAACUUGAUAGCUACCAAGAAAUGCAUUGGUGAAUUAUGCAUUGAACUGCAUCCAUCUAUUCUGCCAACAAUGCUUUACUGUACGUCAUGGAAUUUUGAGUCAAAUAUAACCUAUUUUUAAAACCUCUUAUGAAGUUGGUUUUGAAGCAUAAACUGGGAAUUUGAUAUUUUUUACUGAUUAUGAUUGUCUGUUUCAUAUCUGCAAAGUAGUUAAAAUGCAGUCAGUUCCACUUUAAAGGAGUCUGGAUGCAUGCCUCAUCGGUCAAGUAAUAACAAUUCUAUGGAGCAGACAAUUUCAUGAUGCAUUUUAUACUUUUCCAUAUAUAUGUGUUAUAGGCUGUUCAUUCUUUUGGUUUACUCUCAAUAGACAAAGUGUGCAAGGGUUAACCCAGAAUGACCCAGAGUCUGAAAGAUGCAUGCCAGCAACUAGUAAAUCAAACAAGCCAAAUCCUUUUUAUUAUUUUGAAGUGCUGGAAUAUCCAGGUCAAAGACGACAAGACAAGGUUUCUGGAAAUGUGAUUAUCUGCUGAUGCCCAAAUAGAGGUUUGACACAAGUAAUUGUGCAAUUUUCUGAACCAGAUGCCCUCAAUCUUUUUGAACAUGUCUGUAGACACUAUGGAUUAGGCUACUUUAGGGUAUCCUACUCCAUUGAUGGGCUGUAGAGUUAAAGGACUGUCAUGGUGUAAAAUGAAGUGUAUAGCCUAGCUAUGUUGGUAGUGUUGCUAUGAUGAUCAGACGGGGCCAUCUGGCAAGCCAGCUGCACUGCUCACUGUUUUUGUAAUGCUUCAGUCUGUUUUCAUGGCUAGCUAAGCAUGGCUUUUCGUCCCCAUAAUCAAAACUGGGAACAUUUUUAGUACAUUGAGCAGUUAAACAUGCUCGCUUAGUCUCCUCUCAAAUUAGUUAGUAGAUCUAAGUCUGCAUCAAAAGAGAUGGAGUUGAGGAGUCUUGAUUUGUUGUUGACAGACAUCUUGAAAUAUUCUACCGAUCUAACGUUGGCGACCAAAGAUGCUCAGUUCUUGAAAAGGUCUAAAAUGGCAUAUCAACCAAAUUAGUUUUGGGCUAAUAACAGUGAAUGAACAUUUUAAAAACUGAUAUAGCUAGUACAGUGGCUUGCGAAAGUAUUCACCCCCCUUGGCAUUUUUCCUAUUUUGUUGCCUUACACAACCUGGAAUUAAAAUGGAUUUUUGGGGGGUUUGUAUCAUUUGAUUUACAUGCCUACCACUUUGAAGAUGCAAAAUAUUUUUUCUUGUGAAACAAACAAGAAAUAAGACAAAAAACAGAACUUGAGCGUGCAUAACUAUUCACCCCCCCCCAAAGUCAAUACUUUUUAGAGCCACCUUUUGCAGCAAUUACAGCUGCAAGUCUCUUGGGGUAUGUCUCUAUAAGCUUGGCACAUCUAGCCACUGGGAUAUUUGCCCAUUCUUCAAGGCAAAACUGCUCUAGCUCUUUCAAGUUGGAUGGGUUCCGCUGGUGUACAGCAAUCUUUAAGUCAUACCACAGAUUCUCAAUUGGAUUGAGGUCUGGGCUUUGACUAGGCCAUUCCAAGACAUUUAAAUGUUUCCCCUUAAACCACUCAAGUGUUGCUUUAGCAGUAUGCUUAGGGUCAUUGUCCUGCUGGAAGGUGAACCUCCGUCCCAGUCUCAAAUCUCUGGAAGACUGAAACAGGUUUCCCUCAAGAAUUUCCCUGUAUUUAACGCCAUCCAUCAUUCCUUCAAUUCUGACCAGUUUCCCAGUCCCUGCCUAUGAAAAACAUCCCCACAGCAUGAUGCUGCCACCACCAUGCUUCACUGUGGGGAUGGUGUUCUCGGGGUGAUGAGAGGUGUUGGGUUUGCGCCAAACAUAGCAUUUUCCUUGAUGGCCAAAAAGCUCAAUUCCAGUGUCAUCUGACCAGAAUACCUUCUUCCAUAUGUUUGGGGAGUCUCCCACAUGGCUUUUGGAGAACACCAAAUGUGUUUGCUUAUUUUUUUCCUUUAAGCAUUGGCUUUUUUCUGGUCACUCUUCCGUAAAGUCCAGCUCUGUGGAGUGUACGGCUUAAAGUGGUCCUAUGGACAGAUACUCCAAUCUCCGCUGUGGAGCUUUGCAGCUCCUUCAGGGUUAUCAUUGGUAUCUGUUGCCUCUCUGAUUAAUGCACUCCUUGCCUGGUCUGUGAGUUUUGGUGGGCGGCCCUCUCUUGGCAGGUUUGUUGUUGUGCCAUAUUCUUUCCAUUUUUAAUAAUGGAUUUAAUGGUGCUCCGUGGGAUGUUCAAAGUUUCGGAUAUUUUUUUUAUAACCCAACCCUGAUCUGUACUUCUCCACAACUUUGUCCCUGACCUGUUUGGAGAGCUCCUCGGUCUUCAUGGUGCCGCUUGCUUGGUGGUGCCCCUUGCUUAGUGGUGUUGCAGACUCUGGGGCCUUUCAGAACAGGUGUGUGUGUAUAUACUGAGAUCAUGUGACACUUAGAUUGCACACAAGUAGACUUUAUUUAACCAGUUGUGUGACUUCUGAAGGUAAUUGGUUGCACCAGAUCUUAUUUAGGUGCUUCAUAGCAAAGGGGGUGAAUACAAAUGCACGCACGAAAAAAAGAAAGAAAAAAUUAGCACGUUAUUUUUUAAAUUUCACUUCACCAAUUUGGACUAUUUUGUGUAUGUCCAUUACAUGAAAUCCAAAUAAAAAUCAAUUUAAAUUACAGGUUGUAAUUCAACAAAAUAGGAAAAACGCCAAGGGGGAUGAAUACUUUUGCAAGGCACUGUAGACCUAAAUCAUAGAUGGACUAAUAUAUCAACUGCCACCAUAAAUACAUGUCCAGCUUUAACCUAUAUUGGUUGAAUAUUGCUAACUUUCACACCCAUCAAAUGACAACUACUAUUCACCCACCCACUCAGAGUAAAAUAAACGUACAUUUUCUUGUUUAUUUUGACAGAGUCCUGUUGGAGUCUCGCCGCAAGUCGAAGAAGAUCACAGCCCGAGGCAUCUACACAGGUGGCCGGGUGGUGAGGGGAGUGGACUGGCAGUGGGAGGACCAGGAUGGAGGCAACGGCAGGAGAGGAAAGGUACUCGUUCUGUUGCAAAACAUUUAACAUGAAAAAAUGUUUUGCUAUGGUGUGCCUGUUUGAACCUGUACCUUGUUCAGUAGGCCAAGCUGUAGGAAAAUGUUCUGCAAAUGAAGAUUGAAAUCUGUGUUCCUAUUGGACCGCAAGUUCAGGUUGCAGCCUACCUCCCCGUUUCCAUUUUUUCUUCACUUUCUGCCCACUGAACAUGACCCAGGCUUCUCAUCAAAUAUAAAACGUAUUACUAUAAAAUGUAUGGGAGUGAUGAGAAUGAGGAUCUGAUUGGUCCCAGAAGGUGAUGAGGAGGAAGUGUGAAGAAUGUGGGGACCAGCCUAGUUCCUUUGGUCUGCUCUCUUGGUUCCAUCGCAGUCAGUCCCCUACAUUAGUGUAAUUGUGAACAGACAUGCAUACUUCCUCACCACAGACUUCCUCACUACAGAAUUCACUUCGAGGUUGCAUUUGUUUAAAAAGGGAUUCUGCAGUAGGGGAAACAGCACCACUGUCCGCCCCACGGCUGUUCUUGCAUUUGUUUUGUUGAUGGAGCAGAGCUAUCGUGCAUCGUGGCAAAAACAAUUGCAGUACAUAUGAUGCUGUUCUAUCGCUCGUGCAAAGUGUUCGUCGUUUGCUAAAAAUUUGUUGUAAUAUUCCAAACGACCGUGGCAGUUUCGCCAUUCCAGCUUUAACAUUCACCAUGUAGAUUUAUAAAGGGAACAGCUCCGUAGCGCUCUAGAAGUUUGACUCCGGUCCAGGGCCGGCGUUAUGGGCGGGCUUUAAGGGGCUGCCGUACCUACUUACCUGUCCAAAUAAAAUAUUUAAAUAUUGAUCAUUUAUUUGACCAAGACGUGCACAGACAGAAAGACUCAUCAAUCUCAGAUAAAGCAUCCAAGUGAGCAAAACAGCGCCCCUCUGUCUCAGUAUGUGUAGCCAAUGUAUGGCAUGUCAUAAUCUUUUUAGCCAGACAAAAUCAGAUACAUGGGCUACAUAUAGUAAGACAGAGGGGGGCUGUUUCACUUGCUCAGAUGCUUUCUCCGGUGCAGGGCAUAACAUUUACUUUUUGGUCCACCAGCCGCUGUGGCAGGUAGAUAAAAAAAUCUACCAGCCACUCCAAAUUUUUUUUUUUAACCAACCAAAAUAUUUUUGGGCCGCUAAAAUUACACCAACAAAGCACAGAAAAACUGAUGAGCAUGCUUUGUAAUAUUUCUAAAACAAGACGUGUAUUGCUAGUAAGAAGUAACUAAUGUGGUAUAUUGAAUAAUUACAUUUUUUUGUGACCGUAGUCUUUUAACCAACAUUUCACCUGCCCCUUUAAGGGCGGGAGGUUACCGUGGUAGUGUGACUCGGUCAUGUUUGUGCCUGACUAGUAGAAGCGUUGUCUUUUCCCUAGCAGUUGAAACUGAAACAUAGAAUAACAACCUAGCUUGUGAACAAAACAAUGUAAAUAACCAAGAAACACAAGGACAAAGUCUCACUUCAGUAGACUUUGGUUUCAAGUAGAUUAGACCAACUUUUGUGCCUGUGCACAGCUCUUCUAAAAAUGAAUCUUUCACUCAGCUCUUCACAUACGCACAGCCCCCAGCCAGGCAGUGUUGCAGCACGAGGUGGAAUAGGCUAUAUAGGAUUCGUAGUUCUUUGACUUUGUGCGAUUUCAUUGACCAGCAGCUAUUUACAUUUACAUUUUAGUCAUUUAGCAGACGCUCUUAUCCAGAGCGACUUACAGUUAGUGAAUACAUAUUUUUUUAUACUGCCCCCCCGUGGGAAUCGAACCCACAACCCUGGCGUUGCAAACGCCAUGCUCUAUCAACUGAGCUACAUCCCUGCCGGCCAUUCCCUCCCCUACCCUGGACGACGCUGGGCCAAUUGUGCGCCGCCCAUGAGUCUCCCGGUAUUGGCCGGCUGCGACAGAGCCUGGAUUUGAACCAGGAUCUCUAGUGGCACAGUUAGCACUGCGAUGCAGUGCCUUAGACCACUGCGCCAGGAGCUAUGAAACAAAUCGGCGGAGAUACUUUGAAAACAGCUACUGCAGCAUUUAUUUUACAAUAUUUGUGAUCAUACUUGACUAUUUUUACUCACAAAUGCGAGUGAAAUGCUCGCACUGUGGAGCCUUGACCACCCGGCAACGUGGAUGAUGAAAUACAUUUUACUCGCCAAUGCGAAAAUCUACCCACAUUUGCAGGUGGCGGGUGUUAAUUCUAGGCCCUGCUCUGGUGAGAUAGCUUCAGCCACGUGCGAAUUGAAGGAAAGUUGGCGGGUGCACAGUGCAUUGUUUGGAUACUAUAAUUAUUUUGGACGAACGUGCUAAGGUAACAUACUUUUUGAAGUGAUUUGUUUGAAAAUCAGAUGAAAACAUGACUGGUUGUGUUUAUGCCAUGUUAAAAGUAGGGUGUUUGGUGAUACGACAAACAAUGGACACUAUGCGAGAGUUCUACAAAAUCAAUUUAUACUAAAUGUCAGUAUUGUGGUUGUCAAAAUAUAAUAAAUCGUUUGAAAACAUGAAUAUGGCAGUUGUUACCCAUGUCUAUAAAUCCAAAAGUGUAAAUUAUGAAAUGUACGCGAUAUGAACCCAAAUGUAAAGCAAGUGCUGUGCUAAGAACAUUAAACUCUGUGGGACAGCCCUUUUUGUGAAACCCGCGAAAUCGGUGUGUUCAUAUUUGCUGUUGGUGGAAGGUAUUCAUUCCUCAACCUACCAGAGUAAGAUCGAUGUGACAUUGUAUUGCUAUGAAGUAUUGGAAAGUCCUGAGGGUGUUUCAAGGUUGUUGGACGUCCUUGGACAGAAAUAUAAAGUGAAACGUUUUUAUUUCGGCUCCGUCAUUGAAUUUUUUCAUCAGAGAGACAAAACAAACAGCGGGUUACAAAGCAGAGCUUCGUAGCGAGGUUUUGGUGUAUGGGUUGUCAGGGAUUGGUCCAAAUUCACGUUCCGCCACACUGAUAUCCAUGAAUAGUGCUAGUUGUGUGGGUUAGUGCCUGACGCCGUUCGCUGAGGCAAUUGUGACGAGGCAGCGCUGUGCAGCAUUGGCUGUAUUGUACCAGCGGCGAAUUUUGCAGUGCUAGCUGUGCCACUAGAGAUCCUGGUUCGAAUCCAGGCUCUGCUGUAGCCGGCCGCAACCGGGAGACCAAUGGGGCGGCGCACAAUUGGCCCAGCGUCGUCCAGGGUAGGGGAGGGAAUGGCCAGCAGGGAGGUAGCUCAGUUGGUAGAGCAUGGCGUUUGCAACGCCAGGGUUGUGGGUUCGAUUCCCAUGGGGGGCCAGUAUGAAAAAAUAAAUACAAAAAUGAAUAAUGUAUGCACUAACUGUGGAUAAGAGCGUCUGCUAAAUGACGUAAAUGUAAAUGUAAUGUGGCUACAGCCCUACAAUCGAAAGAAACGUAGCUAAAUACCAGUGAAUUUAAAAUGUGUUCCAUCUAUCUUGCUGUGCAGCUGGCUAGCAGGCAGCCCACUGACACUCUCUUCUGAGCCUAGGCUAAUUAUUUACUUGAAAUGGUGCAGUUCACUCAUCAACACCAAAAAUAACAUUACAAUGUAACCCAACUCAGGUGUAGGCCUACCUUAGAAGUAAGCUAUGUUAUUAGCCUUCUGUGUUACAGUACAGACUUGGUGAGAUGUGUUAGGGUGUGUGUGUGCGCAGGGGGCACAGGGAUGGGGGUAUUAUUUGGCAUUCUAGGCCUAAUCAGUUGGGCUACUGAAUACAACAUAACUGUGAUACAACGUAACUUACUCUGUUACCACCCCUAGUGGGUUUGUGUGUGUGUGUGUGUGUGUGUGUGUGUGUGUGCACUCGCACAAGCGCAUGGACGGCAUCUUACUCCUCAGUGUAGACUUCCAGUUCUGCAUAAAACGUCAGUACAGUAUAUGUUAACAAUGUGACUACCUGACUUUAAAUGAAUGGGUUUAACAAGCUGUAUUGUUUAAUUCCGUACAGACAAAUUAGCAUAUUAUGCAUCUAAUUUGUAUAAAGUUGUAUAAAAAGUUGUUUUCUAAUUUCAUAAAUUGUUUCAAACUCUGUUUUGCAUAAAGUUAGAUUUGUUAAUAAUGACCACCCUACCUUAAAUUAUUGUGCUUAAGUUAAUGUAAUUAUGUAUUCUGUACAGACUAAGUUGCAUAUUAUGUGCCUACUUAGCAUAAUAUUGCAUAUUUUCAUAAAUUGUGCUUUCAUUUGAAUCAUAUCUGUGUUCUACAUCAGCCCUGAAAAUGUCAUAACAAUAUGACCACUCUAUCUUAAGAUAUUGGACAAAACGAAAUUAAGAAUCCAGACAGGUGAUUUAAUGCCUUUUUGACAAGGCAACCUUUUUUUACCUUUUCCAAUUACUUAAAAAUAAGAUAUCUCAGCAAUGGUAAGUCAUAUCCUCUUGAAAUAAUGUUCUGUAUUCCUGAGAAGCUGCUCUAUAACAUGUAAGACAAAGUAUAACACCAUAACCAAAGUUUCAUUUUUACAAUUAAAUUAGGCUACAUGUCUGAACUAUAAAACCCAUUUUAAAAAUAGGAGGUCCAUUGGAGAAAAAAACUAUGGAAAUCAAAUGCCCGUCCUACUGAUUAGUUCUGUCGCAGGCCCUGCUCCGGUCUAGACCCCCAGUUGUAUUCAAUGUAAGAUUCCCCACAGGCAAUUUUAAAGGGUUCAUUUUGCUGUGUUAUUUAAUGGGAUAUUUCAUUGUUUUAUGAUGCUGUAAUCAAUAUGCUCAGGCAGCUCCAGCCUCCACACAUCUAACUAUUACAUGUCCCCCAGCCUAGCAGCAGAUAUACUGUUAGUUUAGUGUGAAUAUUAUUUACCCCACAAAGGGAGAAAUAGAACUUGGGCCUGAAUAAGAAUCUAAUUCAUCUUUAAAUAUAUAUGUAAAUACAGGGAAGUCUGUCAGACUGUUAAUUAAAGGGAUCAUUUAUUUACUAUUCUACUGUAAUAUUUCUCCAAUCUUGCCAUAUGCUGAUACUUGUACUUUAAAAAAUAUUGUCUUAUAUACAGUGCAUUCGGAAAAUAUUCAGACCCCUUGACUUUUUCCACAUUUUGUUACGUUACAGCCUUAUUCUAAAAUAGAUGUUUCGUUUUUUCCCCUCAUCAAUCUACACACCAUAAUUACAAAGCAAAAACCGGUUUGUAGAUGGUUUGGAAAUGUAUAAAAUAAGUAUUCAGACCCUUUACUCAGUACUUAGUUGAAGCACCUUUUGGCAGCGAUUAUAGCCUAGAGUCUUCUUGGGUAUGAUGCUACAAGCUUGGCACACCUGUAUUUGGGGAGUUUCUCCCAUUCUUCUCUGCAGAUCUUCACAAGCUCUGUCAGGUUGAAUGGGGACCAUUUCUGCACAGCUAUUUUCAGGUCUCUCCAGAGAUGUUCGAUCGGGUUAGAUUCCGGGCUCUGGCUAGGCCUCUCAAGGACAUUCAGAGACUUGUCCCGAAGCCACAUGCGUUGUCUUGCCUGUGUGCUUAGGGUCGUUGUCCUGUUGGAAGGUGAAACUUCGCCCCAGUCUGAGGUCCUGAUUGCUCUGGAGCAGGUUUUCAAUAAGGAUCUCUCUGUACUUUGCUCCGUUCAUCUUUCCCUCGAUCCUGACUAGUCUCCCAGUCCCUGCCACUGAAAAACAUCCCCACAGCAUGAUGCUGCCACCACAAUGCUUCACCGUAGGGAUGGUGCCAGGUUUCCUUCAGAUGUGACGCUUGGCAUUCAGGUCAAAUAGUUCAAUCUUGGUUUCAUCAGACCAGAGAAUCUUGUUUCUCAUGGUCUGAGAGUCCUUUAGGUGCCUUUUGGCAAACACUAAGCGGGCUGUCAUAUACCUUUUACUAAGGAGUGUCUUCCGUCUGGCCACUACCAUAAAGGCCUGAUUGGUGGAGUGCUGCAGAGAUGGUUGUCCUAUCUCCAAAGAGGAACUCUGGAGCUCUGUCAGAGUGACCAUCAGGUUCUUGGUCACUUCCCUGACCAAGGCCCUUCUCCUCCGAUUGCUCAGUUUGGCCGGGCGACCAGCUCUAGGAAGAGUCUUGCUGGUUCAAACUGAUUCCAUUUAAGAUUGAUGGAGGCCACUGUGUUCUUGGACCUUCAAUGAUGCACAAUUUUUUCGGAGCUCUACAGACAAUUCCUUCGACCUCUGUCAAUUGUGGGACCUUAUAUAGACAGGUGUGUGCCUUUCCAAAUCCAUGUCCAAUCAAUUUAAUUUACCACAGGUGGACUCCAAACAAGUUGUAGAAACAUCACAAGGAUGAUCAAUGGAAACAGGAUGCACCUGAGCUCAAUUUCGAGUCUCAUAGCAAAAGUCAAGGGGUCUGAAUGCUUUCCGAAUGCACUGUGUGUAUAUACAGUGAGGGGAAAAAAGUAUUUGUUCCCCUGCUGAUUUUGUACGUUUGCCUACUGACAAAGACAUGAUCAGUCUAUAAAUUUAAUGAUAGGUUUAUUUGAAAAGUGAGAGACAGAAUAACAACAACAAAAUCCUGAAAAACGCAUGUCAAAAAUGUUAUAAAUUGAUUUGCAUUUAAAUGAGGGAAAUAAGUAUUUGACCCCUCUGCAAAACAUGACUUAGUACUUGGUGGCAAAACCCUUGUUGGCAAUCACAGAGGUCAGACGUUUCUUGUAGUUGGCCACCAGGUUUGCACACAUCUUAGGAGGGAUUUUGUUCCACUCCUCUUUGCAGAUCUGCUCCAAGUCAUUAAGGUUUCGAGGCUGACGUUUGGCAACUCGAACCUUCAGCUCCCUCCACAGAUUUUCUAUGGGAUUAAGGUCUGGAGACUUCCUAGGCCACUCCAGGACCUUAAUGUGCUUCUUAUUGAGCCACUCCUUUGUUGCCUUGGCCGUGUGUUUUGGGUCAUUGUCAUGCUGGAAUACCCAUCCACGACCCAUUUUCAAUGCCCUGGCUGAGGGAAGGAGGUUCUCACCCAAGAUUUGACGGUACAUGGCCCCGUCCAUCGUCCCUUUGAUGCGGUGAAGUUAUCCUGUCCCCUUAGCAGAAAAACACCCCCAAAGCAUAAUGUUUCCACCUCCAUGUUUGACGGUGGGGAUGGUGUUCUUGGGGUCACAGGCAGCAUUCCUCCUCCUCCAAACACGGCGAGUUGAGUUGAUGCCAGAGAGCUCGAUUUUGGUCUCAUCUGACCACAACACUUUCACCCAGUUCUCCUCUGAAUCAUUCAGAUGUUCAUUGGCAAACUUCAGACGGCCCUGUAUAUGUGCUUUUUUGAGUAGGGGGACCUUGCAGGCGCUGCAGGAUUUCAGUCCUUCACGGUGUAGUGUGUUACCAAUUGUUUUCUUGGUGACUAUGGUCCCAGCUGCCUUGAGAUCAUUGACAAGAUCCUCUCGUGUAGUUCUGGGCUGAUUCCUCACCGUUCUCAUGAUCAUUGCAAACAGAUAGUGAAUACAAUUAUUAUUAUUAUUUUUUAUUACUGGCCCCCGUGGGAAACGAACCCACAACCUGGCGUUGCAACGCCAUGCUCUAUCAACUGAGCUACAUCCCUGCCGGCCAUUCCCUCCCCUACCCUGGACGACGCUGGGCCAAUUGUGCCCGCCCAUGAGUCUCCCGGUCGCGGCCGGCUGCGACAGAGCCUGGAUUCGAACCAGGAUCUCUAGUGGCACAGUUAGCACUGCGAUGCAGUGCCUUAGACCACUGCGCCACUAGAGAUCUUGCAUUCCUCCUCCUUCAGACGGCCCUGUAUAUGGGCUUUCUUGAGCAGGGGACCUUGCGGCGCUCAGGAUUUCAGUCCUUCACGGCGUAGUGUGUUACCAAUUGUUUUCUUGGGACUAUGGUCCCAGCUGCCUUGAGAUCAUUGACAAGAUCCUCUCCGUGUAGUUCUGGGCUGAUUCCUCACCGUUCUCAUGAUCAUUGCAACUCCACAAGGUGAGAUCUUGCAUGGAGCCCCAGGCCGAGGGAGAUCGACAGUUAUUUUGUGUUUCUUCCAUUUGUGAAUAAUCCCACCAACUGUUGUCACCUUCUCACCAAGCUGCUUGGCGAUGGUCUUGUAGCCCAUUCCAGCCUUGUGUAGGUCUACAAUCUUGUCCCUGACAUCCUUGGAGAGCUCUUUGGUCUUGGCCAUGGUGAGAGAGAGUUUGGAAUCUGAUUGAUUGAUUGCUUCUGUGGACAGGUGUCUUUUUAUACAGGUAACAAGCUGAGAUUAGGAGCACUCCCUUUAAGAGUGUGCUCCUAAUCUCAGCUCGAUACCUGUAUAAAAGACACCUGGGAGCCAGAAAUCUUUCUGAUUGAGAGGGGGUCAAAUACUUAUUUCCCUCAUUAAAAUGCAAAUCAAUUUAUAACAUUUUUGACAUGUGUUUUUCUGGAUGUUUUUGUUGUUAUUCUGUCUCUCACUGUUCAAAUAAACCUACCAUUAAAAUUAUAGACUGAUCAUUUCUUUGUCAGUGGGCAAACAUACAAAAUCUGCAGGGGAUCAAAUACUUUUUUCCCUCACUGUAUAUACUCCAUCCUUUCUACUCUUUAGGCUCUUUUUGUUGUUUGAGGCUCCAUAUUAAAUUAUAUAUAUUAUUAUAUAUAUUUGUGCCAUUAUUUGUUGAUUUGCCCAAAUGCACAGAAUACAUUUGACAUUAUAUCCAACAGAUUGUAUUAAAACCCAAACGCAUGCCUUUAGCAUGACUCUUAGAUGUGAAUGCCUUCACUAGCUUCUUCUCUUUUCAAAUGUCCCUCUCUCAUUCUUCCUCCCCAGGUGACAGAGAUCCAGGACUGGAGUGCAGCCAGCCCCCACAGUGCAGCCUACGUCCUCUGGGACAACGGGGCCAAGAACCUCUACAGAGUGGGCUUCGAGGGGAUGGUGAGAAAAGCACCACUCACAAAAUAUCAGCUGUCAGGUGGUCUUUGUGUUUGACCACAGAGCCUGGGGUCUUUCUUGUGCUGCCAAUCCUUUGUGGUGGAGAGCCAGCCAGCAGCCAAGGCCCCAUUGUGGCAGGCAGCUGGAAAGAGGGAGGGGAUCUACAUAAGAAAGGCAAUCUGUUCCCUUCUUUCUUUAUGAUGAGGGGAGCGAACAUGAAGGUCAGCUUCAGUGGGAGGGGAGGAGAAUGCGGAGGGGUCCCACACGAGCCACAAAUGACAGGCAGGGUGCUGAUUGGUGCGGAACACUCCUGCUUUUUUACGAACGCGGCCAAUCAGAGCGCAGGGUUGCGUAACAGAUUUGUCCUUUGUUAUUCUAAUAGGUCUGGUAGGUUUGAGGGGUUGAGGUAUACGGCAUCUGAUUAAAUAAAGCAAGGUUCUUAAACUUUUUCAGCCUGUGAACCAAAUGAGAAAUGAUAUGUUUUCCUGGGACCCAUGCCCCCUUUUGGGGGGCCCUAAGCGAGAUUUGGUUGGGGGGGGCCCCUCACCUCACGGGCAAAACAUUUAGUGCCCCCCCCCAUCCCCUUGACCGUGGAGAGAAAUUGAAGUUUUAUUUAAUUUCCAGCAAUUCUACCAUUAUGCGAUGGAGCAUAGAGAAAAUGUUGCUGUUUUGAUGCAAGUUUUCUGCAAUUCUACACAUUUUGCCUUGACUUAUGCCAUGUUAAUAUGAUAUCUUUAUGAGACUGAAUAAUAAAAUAAAUGUGGGCCCCCUGGAGGUUAAGGCCCCUGGGCACGUGCCCUGCAUGCCCGGUCGGUGUUCGGCCAAGAUUACAAGUUUAGAUCGCUGGCUAGACUAACUUACCAAGCAAUUUUGUUUUGUUUUGCUGACAUGGCUAAUUGAGUGACUGUCAGUGACUGACAUAACAAGAGAAAAAGUGAUGAUGCACAACCACAUUUCAAAAUUGCACCUUGUGUAUUCUACUAUUCUAACUCAACAGUAAGCUGAAACUCAGACUGAGUUCCUAAAAAUAAAAAGUUUAUUACAUUUUUUUACUCUGACUGGGUCGCGAUCCAUAAUUUAAGAAGGGCUGAACUAAAGCAUGGAUUAUAUAUGCUGCUCCCCCCAAAAUAAUGAAAAACCAAAGCCUUUGUGGUAAAAAAAAAAUCUGUUAUACGAUGUCCCUUGAUGUCCUGGUCAUUGGUUAACCUUGCUGUUGGUGUUUCUAUAAUUUGUUACUUUUAACACUUUUUGUAACACGCUUUGAAGUUAUUGGUAAUAAGACUGCAAAUGAGCGCUGUUGACAAAGUCAGACACUGCGUUUUACAAAGUAGUUUAGUUCAAAUAGCAUUAAAAGGCCACAGUCUGGUCUCUUGGCUUCACACAUUUAGCAAAUACUAUGUAUGUCUCUCUUUUUCCUUUCCUCAACGUGUUUUCCUUUUCCUUAGCUGUUUGUGCAUAAUGGCAUCAAAAAGAGUGAAGUUUGUUGAUUUCACACAUCUAUAAACAUGGCUUGUAUCCCAAAUGGCACUUUAUUCCCUUAUAGUGCACUGCCUUGGACUAAAAGUGGUCAAAAGUAGUGCACCAAAUAGGGAAUAGGGUGCCAUUUGGGACAGAGCCACUGUUCGUGAACCCUGAUGUGUCCCUUCAUCUGUCAGAGGAGCAGGAUGGAUGUCUGCACUGCCGUGUAAUCAGCACGGCUGCCCUCUAACUAUGUCACAGUGGAUGCACAUCCACAUCUGAGUCAUCACAAAUGAUAUGAUGCAGUGCCUGCCCUGCCGAGCCAGAGCCAGAGCUUUGUAAUGUAAUGUUGCCAUAUCCUUCAGAGCCAUGAGGGUAAUGCUAUUGUUGCCACCCUUACCCUGCAGUAACUUUAACACAAUGUCACUGCAGUAGUAAAGCAGUGGGGUUUUACUCUGUCGCAUUUUUCUGCUGCAGUUCUAAUAGAUUGAAUCAAGUAGAUAAUUAGCUAAUACUUUGUCCCACGCCUCUCCUUUUCAGUCGGAUUUGAAAUGUGUCCAGGAUGCCAAAGGAGGCUCUUUCUACAGAGACCACUGCCCUGUUCUAGGUGAGUACAGUAUUAGUAAUCCGUGGCACUACACUACACCUACCGUCAUUAUUGCACCAAUUUCUCCCCAGCACAGUGUUCUGCAGUGGAGUCCAAGGGCAUCAGGAGCACGUCCCUGCAAGGCUGCUGUUACUGGUAAUGUCCACUAGGUGGCAGCACCACACAGAAAUUGACAGAACCAGGCUGCAUGGAGACAGCCUGGGUGCAGUCACAGGUCACACUGGCACAGCAUUCCCACAAUCCCAUCUCCUUGGCUGGGAAAAUUAUUCUCUUCUCUCAGAUUUACCUGGGUUGUGUUUAGGCACCCGAUGCGGCACUGCAGAAACCAAAUUAAGUGAUCAGAUAAGGCUCUCCAGUAUCUGAUUAGUCCACCCUAUUUUAUCUUAAUGACACUAACCUAGAUAAAUAAAGGUUACAUAGCAUAAGGAAUGUACCCCCCUCACUGUGUAACCAGGAUGUAUUCCCCCUGCCGUCUCUCCACAGGUGAGCAGAAUGGCAACAGGAACCCAGGCGGUCUGCAGAUUGGAGACCUGGUCAACAUCGACCUGGACCUGGAGAUAGUCCAGUCCUUGCAGCACGGCCACGGAGGCUGGACAGACGGCAUGUUCGAGACCCUCACCACCACUGGUACCGUGUGUGGAAUCGACGAGGACCACGACAUUGUGGUGCAGUACCCCAGUGGGAACAGGUGAGCUCUACCAGUUCAUGAUUCAGACUAGUGCACAAGCAUAGGGGUGUCAUGUCAAUCCAGUCAUAACACAAGCAGCAACGUCCGUGUCAUAAGAGUAUGACACGGACUAUUUGGCUUAAUGAAAGAUAUUUAUGACACUGUAAUUUCCAUGUCAUAGAGGCCAUCUCAAAUACAGUGUUAGCAACAUUUCUGUGUUACAGGUGGACGUUCAACCCUGCGGUGCUGACCAAGGCCAACGUUGUGCGUAGUGGGGAAGGUGUUGCGGCAGGGGCGGAGGGCGGCAGCUCCCAGUUCCUGGUAGGAGACCUGGUCCAGAUCUGCUACGACAUCGACCGCAUUAAGCUGCUGCAGAGAGGACACGGGGAGUGGGCCGAGGCAAUGCUGCCUGUAAGACAGACACACACACACACACCCCUUAAACCUCACAACUGGAGGGCCUAUGCCAUGGUGCCUAUAAGAGACAAACACGCUUUUAAAACGCUUACACUGACAUUUUGUGUUUUUCUGACUAGGGUUUCAAAUAAGCAAUAAAAACUUAAAACCAGAACUUGCAGCAUCAGUGGUCAAAAGGAAGUGUUUCCUUCAUCAGCGUAAAGGCAUUUUUCAUUCCUCUCACCUCCCAUGUAACAAUGACCGUAUCAAUGGGUGUGUAACGUUAUGUAAUGACUAUGGCAUAAACUAGGCUGUUGUGAUUUUAGGCUGAAAGUCUGUAAAUUGGCAUAAUCAUGGAUAGUCAUUGCUUCCUCUCAUCAAACUGUUACAUCGCACUACAAUGGUCCAACACUCCACUAAAACCAACACCCUCGGCAGCUAACGAGCCUUAAAACCCAGUGAUAGGUACUUACUUUGAUCACUACCCACUGAUGGUGCUGCUCUCUGCCUGCCUGCCUGCUGCAGCCCCCUAUAGACGGGUUAGCUGACAACGUUCGAAAACGAUGCGCCUUCUUCAAAGGGGCAGAAGGCUGUGUUAUGGUUCUGGAUGGGCAGAUAGCUAGCAACAAUGACAAGAAACUAGUAUGUGGGGAAUCGUAAGUAGCUCGUUUGAUCUUGUUCUUGAUACCAUGUCUUGUUUUGACUGUCACGUCUAUGCUAAUAUGGCAAGAAUUUGCUUGCUAGCAAACCAACAACUGUAACGAUGUAUUUGAGAGACUAGUGCUCAUUGUGCAAUUUUAUGUUUUCAAUGAAUAUUGGAGAUUAAAUAUAAUUGACAAGUUGUCAACAAUCUAAGCCAACCCCGUGUGUUUUGCCCUAUGGUUGCGCACACAAUCGUUUUGUUCUAAACAGAACCAUUAUUUAUUUUGUUCUGUAAAAUAAAGUUCUGAACCAGUUCGAACCCAAAAAAGUACCGGCUUAUAUUGUUCCUUUUGAAACCUCAAGUCUUAUUUGUAUUAAUUUUGUACAUUUAGCUCAACAUUAAAUGACUUCACCAAUCAGUGCGGAUAGAGCAGCUUGCUAUGGAGUGAGCAAGCUAUAGUUGUUUACAUGCAUUGGACAGACAAGUGUAGGGCGACUGAAAUUGUGCGUGUGGGGAGAGAGCGAGAGAGGAGAGGAGACUUGGCUUGAAGCGCUGGACAUCUUGUUAUGUGACAAGCAUUAUCUGAAUUAGGCCCACAGAAUUAUAGCAACGGAGAAGUGGCUUCUAUGGAGGAACUUUGAAUGUCUUUGAACAUCCGAGAUUUGGCUUAACAUUGGACCAAAGCUAGCUAACAAGCUAACAAAGAGUUAAUCCAUUUUCUAAUAAAAAAAUCUGUCUCCCUAAUUUCUGAAUCACGCUUAACGUCAGUAGGCUACAGUAGCCUAUACUUCGAGGGGGGGAGGGCCUACACACGCACACACUGGCAAUGAUUUCCAGCUGGCAGGCUGACACUGGAAUACGUUUCUGAGUGACAUUGAGGGCUUUGCAUUAGGAACUUUGUUGCGUUUUUUUGUGGGACUGAAAAACAAAUGCCCAGAACCUAAAAGAACAAGUUGUUUUUCUACUCCAGUUGUCCAGUGUUGGUGAUCGCUUUUUCUUGUUUUUAGCUGAUAGGAGUGGAACCCGCUGUGGUCGUCAGCUGCAAUAGCCCAUCCGUGACAAGGACCGACGAGUUGUGCGUUCUGAGAUGCUGUUCUCCACACCACUGUUGUAUUGCGCCGUUAUUUGACUCUUUGUGGGUCGCUUAUUAGCUUGCACGAUUCUUGCCAUUCUCCUUCGACCUCUCAUCAACAAGAUGUUUUUGCCCACAAGACUGCCGCUGACUGGAUGUUUUUUGUCUGUUGCACGAUUCUUGCUAAACCGUAGACACUGUGAAAAGCUCAGGAGGCCGGCCGGUUUCUGAGAUACUGGAACCGGCGUGUCUGGCACCGACGAUCAUACAACGCUCAAAGUUGCUUAGGUCACUUUGUUUUGCCCUUCCUAAUGUUGAAUUGAACUGUAACUAAAUGCCUUGAUGCCCGUCUGCCUGCUAUAUAUAGCAUGCCAUGGCCACGGGACUCACUGUCUGUUGGCGCGAACCAUUUUCGUGAACGGGGUGUAUAAUAAACUGGCCAGUCAGUGUAUAUUGCAAUGUAGUGUUGGUCUGUUUCAAUAUUGACAAUAGCAUACUAUGUAGAAAAAAAUCAGUGUGUCGGGCAUGCAUUCUAUCUAGUAUGCUGGAGACUGUGGAUAUUGGAACGUAGCCUUAGUCUUAUCAAAUAACCAGUGAGACAGCUACCAAAUGCCUUUCAUUACUCAACUCGUACGGCGUUUCAGUGGAACUAUUUUCUGGUGUGUGUCCCUUGACGGACAUCAAUAAGGUCCCAGAUAAUUGGCUGUAUAGAUGAGAAAUAAGUCCUGCUCUCGCUCAGCCGUUCAACUGCCCUUCCCUUUGAAUGAAUAAUCAGAACAGUGCUUUAGUCUCAUCUGUGAUUAUGCUUUCCUGUCAUGUUUUUGGAAAGGAAGGACCGAGUCUUUCUUCCUGAAAGAGGAACGGAUGGUUUUGUAGAAAUUAGAUGCACAGACACACGGCAUCUCUUUCUGUUGUGUUCCAUUUCUGUGGGGGGAUUUUGCCUGUGUUUUCUAUACCUUUGUUAUAUUGCAGAUAAUUUACCCUCCCUGUGUUAGACACCAGAAUGCUCAAAGGUGUUUCCAGAAUUACCUUCAAUAAUCUUUAGUACUUAUUUCUGAGAAAGCUCCAUCACAGCACUGGUUUGUCUUCAAAGACAAACUAACAAUGAAUCUCUAACAAUAUGAUGUGUUUAUGCUCUUUGAGAUUGUAAUGAAACGCUAUAGCAAUGUAAUGAAUGUAUUGUUUUCCUCAGACCCUGGGCAAGGUGGGCCGCGUGCAGCAGAUCUACUCCGACAGCGACCUGAAGGUGGAGGUGUGCGGAACGUCAUGGACCUACAACCCCGCUGCCGUCACCAAAGUGGCCCCCGCUGGCUCCGCUGUUUCCAACGCCUCCGGAGGUAGGCAGGACACACACACACACAGUCAGAACAGACACAAUUACACAUAGUGGGUGUUCGUGCACACAGAGAUACACAGACCAUAAACAAAUAUUUUUCUUCUAGCCCGUUUAUAAGUGGGCAUGCACAUUCACUGACCACUCGUACACACCACACACAUUCUUCACUCCUUGGAUCUAGAGGAUGAACUUGUAACGUUUUUCUCCAUCUGUGUGUGUGUGUAGAGCGUCUUUCUCAGCUGCUGAAGAAGCUGUUUGAGACCCAGGAGUCUGGUGACAUCAAUGAGGAGCUGGUCAAAGCAGCAGCCAAUGGCGACCUGGCCAAGGUGGAGGACAUCCUCAAGAGACCUGACGUGGACGUAAGUGAUCCCUGCAUUCAACACAGCUUCAGGGUUUAGUUUAGUCCCAGGGAACCGUUUUUUCCCUAAGAUAUAUUUAUUGCAAAUUGAGAUUGCAAAAAAAUGCUAUUAAGAAAGACAUUUCUCCAGGGCACAGUUAAACAUUCAGAAAGAUGUGCCUUCUAUACAGCACCAUUUACUGCAGUCAGUAACACCCAUUUACUGCACACCUCACAUGUUAAAAACAUUAUGCUUCAGCCCAAUGCAAGCAUCCAGGGCAUUGGAGUGCACUGCAGUGCUUGCUUCGUUCACUGUCUCGACAUGGUGAAUAUACACCAUGUAUGGUCUAGGGUCAAUUUUCCACAUCACUAGGAAAACUCUGGGACCAAGCUAUAAGUGGGGCACAGAGUUUUUCCUGGUCAGGUGGCCACAGUCAGGAAAAACUCCUGUCCCUUGUGGUGAUGUACCCUUACAUCACCUGCCCCAAAGGAGAGCUGUCUGCACUCUCCUAUUUCCUAUUGCCUCAGAGAGCUGCUUAGUAGAGCGUCUUAGCCCCCCCCCCCCCCCCCCCCCUUCAUUGGAAGCGUUCUGCAGCAUUGUCUCAGCGGCUGUGUGUGUGUGUCAGUGCGGUGAGGGCUGGCCAGGUGCCCCGGUGCCUUUCAGUGGAAUUAUUGCUUAAAGCUCGGUGAGCUGUGCCAAGUCAUCUGCCCGCCAGGACAAGACACGUUCUGUGACUCCCAAAGGAGCCUGCAUUCAUAUUUAUGCCCCAAGUAUUGCAGUACUGCACUUGGCAAUGAAAUACACACACAUUUGUAUUUUGUUUGCCAGUGACAAGGCAGUGCACUGGUCCUCUGUAGCUCAGCUGGUAGAGCACGGCGCUUGUAACGCCAAGGUAGUGGGUUCGAUCCCCGGGACCACCCAUACACAAAACUGUAUGCACGCAUGACUGUAAGUCGCUUUGGAUAAAAGCGUCUGCUAAAUGGCAUAUUAUAUUAUAAACAAAAAAUACAAAAACACACUAACAGUGCUAUAUUGUGUGUUUGUAGGUGAAUGGUCAGUGUGCUGGACACACAGCCAUGCAGGCGGCCAGUCAGAACGGACACGUGGACGUCCUCAAGCUGCUGCUGAAACACAACGUGGACCUGGAGGCUGAGGUUUGUACAUCCAACAGUCCCUCCUCAAUACUAUAGUCCCCUCUCAAUACUGAUAUAUAUUUUUAUGUACCCAGUCUACCUAUACAGGUCUCACGUCAUACUCUAAAAAGCUGUCCGUGUCAGUCAUAGUUGGAUGUUCACUAUGAUGUAAACAGUGGAGACAUUUGGUCAGUGUGUCGGUCUGUAUAUAAUAUCCCUCCCAGGACAAGGAUGGAGACCGGGCGGUGCACCACGCGUCCUUCGGAGACGAGGGGUCUGUGAUCGAAGUGCUGCAGAGGGGUGGGGCCGACCUGAACGCCAGGAACAAGCGCAGACAGACCCCCCUGCACAUCGCUGUCAACAAGGGCCAUCUGCAGGUGGUCAAGACCCUGCUGGACUUUGGCUGCCAUCCCAGCCUCCAGGUAACCACUCGGAACACACACACACGAGUGAGUACAUGUAUACAUGAGUAGACAGACUCUGGUGUUUUUAGAGUCUUCAGCUGUAAACCGUGUACUCAGAAGGGAAUUUCAUGCUGGUGCGGUGGUGGCAGGUACAUUUGCAUUGAUUUUGAUUCACUCAUAAAUUGUACAUCUUGUUUUCUUUUGGUCUGUGAUAAAUUGUGGUUGACCCUUAAAUGAUAAAUGCUCUGUAGGGCAUUGGAUAUUUCUACACAAUUUGUCCCAGAUUUUUAGCAUGGAGUCUGGUUGGCUGUCGCGUCUGUGAAUGCACAAACAUUUAGGAGAUUUUGCAGAUACCUACUUUGGAGCACUGUCAUGUAUCCAAUCUCUAACCAAAUAUUUGGGUGGCUCUCGCUGCACUCAAGGGUUUAGGUGAAAUCUAAACUUCUUCACAUGAACAGUAUAUACCUAUUGUUAGUGACAAUGGGGGUGGCGCAGGUGGUCAUAGUGACGUUGGUAUAAUCUCGCCCCCUACAGGACUCGGAGGGUGACACGCCCCUACAUGAUGCCAUCAGUAAGAAGAGAGACGACAUGCUGUCUGUGCUGCUGGAGGCGGGAGCAGAUGUCACCAUCACCAACAACAACGGUUUCAACGCCCUGCACCACGCUGCCCUCCGAGGGAACCCCAGGUACGACCCUGAUACUUACCUGGCCCUAACUGCCAAGCUAGGGCUGGUGAUGAAAAAGAUGGAAAGACUUGGGUCACUCAAUGUGGAAAUCUGCCUUUGGCGUCACUGGAAACCGAGUGAAUGGAAUGGGAGGCCCUGGCCUCCAUACAGUUGGGUUUGUGGCUUGCCAAGUUGUGUUUCAAACUUGUUUUACUCUCAUUGAUUGCAAAUGAACAAAUUUAAUGGUACUGCUAGUAAAUGGAUUAUGACCACACUGAACUCCAUAUUACUUUUGAGGUUUAUGUGUUUGUUUCUGACUGCUAGACUAGGCAAGCCUACAGCCUCUAUCAGUAGUCUGCCUCCUCGUCCUUGGCCACGUUUAUUUCUAGCUCCACCUGGUUGCUGCUGCUCCACUCUGUAGCGAUGGGCUAUUCUCGUCUCUCAUACAUGAGACACACAUUAAGGCAGGUAGCUAAGAGAGACUACAAUAUACCGAUCAGCUUGAGAAUCCUGGGGUUUUGGACAUAGACAUCAUGUUCUCUCUGGACUGGAGUAGAGUGUCCGCCACACACACACACACACACACACACACACACACACACUAGCAGCUGCCCUUGUGGCUGGGCUGUAGGUCUGGCUCGUGGUAUGUGGUCUGGUCAGGGCCGGCUAGGGGACAUAAUCAUUCCCCUUAGCUGACACACAUUCCAUUGGCACAGGGACAGAGGGAAUUGGGGUCAGAGGACUCUGGCGCACCUGCUAUUUCAGCCCACCAUGCUAUGUAAUGUUUCUAAACCCAGAAAUAUAUUAGUAAGAGUAUUGUGGUAAAUUGCGCAAUUUCAUAAUUUUCGUGACCCGUGUCUUUUAACCAACAUUUUAUCAGAUGAGAAAAUGUUCAGCUGCCCCUUUAAGAGCGGGAGGUUACCGUGGUAAUGGGGCCACUGAGUCGUGUGUGUGUGUGUGUGUGUGUGAGACACACCGACUAGUAGUAGACGGCGACUCUUCGCUUUCAAUUGAAGCAGCAGACUCAAACUAACAUUGAAAAGCAACUGAGCUUGUGAACAAAACAAUGUAAUAGCCAAGAAACACGAGGACCAAGUCUCACUUUAUAGACUUUUGAGUAAAUUAGACAAACUUUUAUGCCUGUGAGCAGAGCCACCAAAAAUGAAUAUAUCAGCAUUGAGAAGGGUGCAAUUGCAGCCCGGUACACAGCAGGAGGGAGGCGGUGUCAAACUAGCUAGUACACAGCAGGCGGGGGCGACACCUUGUGCUAACUAGCAAGCCAGUUGGGGUGGUUCAGGAAGGAACCAAUGGGAUACUCGUGGGUGGGGGUCAGAUGCAGGAAUGCCCACAUGCAGGAAUGCCCCGAAUUGCGGGCUGCAGUUGCACGCUAUUGUCAGCACUUAACUCAGUGCGCAUAGCUCCCCAGCCAGGCAUUGUUGCUGCGUGAGGUGGGCUACAGGAUUCUUAUUUCUUUGUGCGAUUAGCAGUUAUGAAACAAAACGGCAGAAACUAGCACGUGCUCAUACUUGUCUUUUGACUUUAAUUUGCAAAUGUGAAUGUAAUGCUCACACUGUAAAUUGACCACCAGCCUACGUGGCUGGUGAAAGGACAUUCCUACCCGCCAAUAUCUAAAUCUACCCGCAUUUGGCGGUGUUCAUUUUAUGACCUGAUUCCCUCCGUCACCAGUGUGUAACAGUGCGAGUUGGACUGUACAGUGAAGGUGAAUAGUGCUGGAGUCAGUAUUUGUUGCCGGGCCUGUGUUGUUGUGACGUGCUGCCUGGCUUUCCACCCAACCUCUGUCCCCCUCGCCUUCAGAGAAACCAAGAUGUAUGUCGCUCUCUUCAAUCUAGCCAUUUACUUUUAUUUCACGCUCAAGCUCCUCCACAAUAUUACAGAGAGAGAGAAAGAUGGCCUUCUGGACUCUACCAAGUCUUAA